CACCAGCAGUAGGACCUUGAAGUCCAGGAUGAUCCUGCGUAACACCACGGCCGUGACACCCUUUCUGACCAAGCUGUGGCAGGAGCUGGUGCAGCGGGGCGUCAACGCAUCCGGCCCGGUCCGUAGGUCCUCCAGUGACAGUGACGGCAAGCUGGAGGCUGUCUACAUCCUCAUGGUGCUUGGCUUCUUCGGUUUCUUCACCCUAGGCAUCAUGCUGAGUUACAUCCGCUCCAAGAAGCUGGAGCACUCGCACGACCCCUACAGCAUGUACAUCCAGUCGGACGCCUGGCAGGAGAAAGACAAGGCGUACUUCCAGGCCCGGGUCCUGGAGAGCUACAAGGCAUGCUACGUCGCUGCAAACCAGCUGGCCGUAGAACGACCCAACACGUACCUUCCCGAGACGAAGCCUUCGUCGUGA